GUAUACAAACACCAAAUUUCAUAUAUACUAACGAUAUGCAACAAUACGCAGCGUUACGUUUCCGUGGUUCCGUUAUGUUUGAAGCUGAAAAAUACUUCUUCGAAAGUUCGUGGAGGUUUAUCGUUGGAAGAG